AUGGAAUGGAAAGUACUUAUUACUGAUGCCUGCACCACAAGACCGCUCCCCCACUUUUCCCCCAUCCCUCCCAUCCAUCCGUCCAUCCAUCCGUCCAUCCAUCCAUCCAUCCCACCCGGCGGGGAUCCCAGCCGCCCUGCUCCCGGCAGCGAGCGGCCAGCCUGCGCCUCCCGGGACGGCAUCCAUCUCACCCGGCACGGGCAGGACGCGUUCCAGCCGGGACCAUUGUGCCCUUCCCCGCCCCGGGUACCGCCCGCCGGCGCACAAAGCGCUGCCCCCGCCGGACCGAGCCGGGCCGGGCCGGGCCCGCCGCGGCUCCUCCCGAGCCGCCGCAGCGGGGGCGGGCACCGGGGCCUUUCCCAGGGGCUCCCGGCCGAGCCCCCGCUGCGUGCGGCAGCGCCGGGCGGGGAUGCUGCCCCGGCCGCCUCCCGCCGCAUCCCGGUACCCGCGCCUCGCCGGCGGAGCGGCACCAACCUGCAGUCCCCGCCGCCGCCUCCUCCUCCUCCUCCUCCGCCUCCUCCUCCUCCUCGGGGAGAGCCGGAGCUGCCUAUGCCCGCUUCAGCCUCCAGCCCCCGGCGGCGGCGGGCUGGCUGGGCGCCGCUGCCCUGGGCAGGCGGGCAAGGGGCGAGCGCGGCGGGCGGCUGCGGGAGCGCCGCUCAUCGAGUGCGGCAGCCCCGGCUGUCGCUGCCGCCGCUCCCCGCAGCCGCUACUUCCUGUGCGGCGAUGGUUCAGUUCCUCCCGGGCCGCUGGGGGCAGGAGAGCCGGGGGGCGGAGGAGGAGGAGGAGGAGGAGGAGAGGGGGAAGGUCGGGUCAGAUAGCGGGGGCGGCAGCGGCCGCUCCUCCCGCCCGGCGCGGCUCCGCCCCGCAGCGCCCGGCCGGAGCUCCGCGAUGCGGCGGAGCCGCCCCCUCCGCGCCCAGCGCCCCGCAAUCCGCUGCGCCCGUGGCGGCCGGGGGGACAGCACCCAGCCCUGGGGACGGGAGAGGGCUCACCGGAGACAUGGCUGUGGCUCCCGCCGCUGCCCCCGCGGAGCGCGGAGCAGGUCGGAGCACAUCAAAGGCUGAACAAGUUCGUUGGUUUUGCAGAGUGAGUUUUAAGAGAUGAUGGUUUUGUUUGGACUCAUACUCGUUCUGCUCAGGGUGUGACGGCAUUGCGUGUAAGGUCUGUCCUGGCCAGAGAAAUUCAGCAUGAAGAGGUUUUUAUGGGGAAUAGUGAGUUGAGAUAGGGAGAUCUUCCUCUGCUUUCUUGGAUGCAGCAUGAGAAGAGAAGAGAAGAGAAGAGAAGAGAAGAGAAGAGAAGAGAAGAGAAGAGAAGAGAAGAGAAGAGAAGAGAAGAGAAGAGAAGAGAAGAGAAGAGAAGAGAAGAGAAGAGAAGAGAAUCUGAACAUUUUACAAUACCAUUUCCUAGUGUUAUCCUUCAAACACCUUACUGAUGCCUCUAAAUAAUUAGGUACUCUCUCCAAGAUGGUGAGUGCGUGCAGCUCUUAAAGCUUUUUCUUCAAGAUCACAUGUGUUCAUUACAUCUAAAAGGUAGUUCCAGAAUACAGAUUUUGAGGAGAUUAACAUUAGGCAGUAACAUGGAAAGAGAGAGUCACAGUGUUCUCUGAAUCUUUACAAUAAAGCAGAUGUUACCCUCAGCAGCUAUGGCAGACCUAUAUUAAAAAAAAAAAAAAAAAAAACAAAAAAAAAAAAAAACCAAAGUGGAUUUAACUGUGGUUUAGGUUCCAAAUGUUCUCCCUCUUUUGCCUGUGAUAUAUGACAUCCAGAACAUCAUAACUCGACCUACUUUAGAAAAGUACGCACAAGGAAUAUCUAAAUAUUUAUGUUCUGUGUUAACUUGAAGUGCCAAUAAAUCCCUUUAUUGCUGUGCCUUUACUGCCAUCCCAGUGCUCUCAACUGGUUUCCAGUGUAGCAGGAGGCAGAGAUUUCUGCCCUUGGGUCAGGUGGGUGUGUUGCUUUUCCUUCCCUCUCUGUCCUCCAGCUCAGCUCCUGCUGGCAGUUCUGCUCAGCCUCGUGUAACGCUGCUCAGCCCACGCUGCCUUGGCCAACCACAAACCCUCUGGCUGAUCUCCUGUGCUGAUGUGGCUCUACAGGAGGCUGCCACAAAUUCCAGCAGCCUCCCUGGCUUCCUGGAGAACAUCACAGGUGUAUGUCAGUCCUCCCAUGCAAUGGAGACAGGACAAAGGCAAUUCUUCUGAAGUGCUGAGCCUCCUCUUUCUCUUUGUUUUCCACACAGGUAUUUGCAACUCAUUUUUCUCCUGCAACUUUUGUGCUUGGAGAAGGAUGCUCAUAGAGUAGCACUUCAAUUUUUUUUCUCUGUGUGAAUUUUAGUGUACCUCACAAAUCCCUUUCCAGAUAAGAAAUAGCUCAUUCAGAGAAAUGAUCUCAUAGAAGUGAGAAAUGAUCUCAUAGAAGUGAGAAAUGAUCUCACAGACGUAGCCUAUGGCAGUUUGACUGCAGAAAUUAAGCAUGAUGUAAUUCUUCAGUCAGAAAAACACUCAGAUUGUAUCACCAACAGGACAAUUAAGCUUGCCUGACCUGUUUCUGGUCUACCCAAAUUUUAACUACAGCACAGUAUAAAUCCCCUAUAUUAUUAGAUACUGGCAGUCCUACCUUGCAGUGCUGAUUGUGUCCAGUGAGAGUGUUGUGCACAUAAAAAUCAAAUUAUCAAAACUAAAACCUGAAAGGAUGGUGCAUUCGUGGGAUAUUUUAGCAUGAGACAGAUAAAAAAAAAAAAAAAAAAGGAAGUACUUUUAAAGUUUAGCAAUAAAAAUGGUGAACACAGAAAGAGCUUUUUAAAAAUCCCCAAAGGUAGGAUUACUUACACAAACUUACAAAGUUUGCCAAGAAAUGAGUUGCCAUAUUCCUGCUCUGCUGUGUUCUGACAUCGCCUGGCAAAUGACAUCUUCUCUUUCUCAGCACUUAAGAGAGCUCUCUGAAGUUCUGGCCUUUAUCUCUGGGGUGAAACUAAGAGCAGCUGUCCUGGUAUUUAUCCAUUAUCAUCCCCAGGAUUAAAAUAAACUCUUCCACAGAAGAGUUUGCUUUGUGUAUGAAGCAAGAUUUCAAAUAAAGCAUUACUGACCUUUUCAAUUGAGUAAAAUCCCCUUAACACAUCAAAGCAGUUAAAAUCUACUUAAGAGCAUGAGUGAAGCAGCUAUUUCAGAGAACCCCAACAAGUCUGCAGGGUCUCCUGGAGGGAAAGUCUCCUGCUCUGAUCUUCACCUGUCACUUUUCUGAAAGUGUGAAUAUAAUCAGAAGCAAAUUUUCUUUCCACCUGAAGAGAUUCUCUAGUGCCCAUUUCACCUGCUGGAGCACCUUCCUCCCCAGGUCUCAUUCUGGCUUCUCAAACCAUUGGUUAGAAAUCUCUGGAGAAGAUUUUCAUAUUAGUUUUCAGUCCUGAGCUGUGUCUAAAGCAUGUUCAACACCCUGGUGCAAAGGCAGCUCCUCGUUGUUUCCAGUCAAGAGCAGAGCAGCCCCAGUUCCCUUCUGGAGUGAGCAGAAUCCAGGCAGCCACUUGAAUAUUGGUACAGCAGGUCCUGCACGAGCUGCUGAAGGGUCAAGGAGACUCAGAGCUGACACUGGACUGGGGCUCAUCUAUUCUUAAAAAUCCAGGGGUGCUCCAGCAAGCACAGAUGCACAGCUUUGGUCACAUGUGUGAAGCACAACAGCAACAACGCUCAUUUCCUAGUGUUGGCACAUCCUGUCCCAAAUUUAAGCUCUAAUUAAUUUGAGGUCUCAAGAAAAAACACAUGCUGACACAAAGCAUUAAUGUGAAUGUGAUACAAAAGAUGGAGUAUUCAGAAUUCAUCUCCCAAAGUGGUUGGUGCUUUAAAUCUGACAUAACUGAAUAUCUGCUUAGUUUGCCAAAUGUUCAGCAUUGCC